AUGCCCCCCCGCACACCUGCCUGCCGUGGCGCAGCGCAGUACAACAUUUUUCGACACGCGCAGCCAGUUUGGAUCACCGAUGAAGUCCUCGCCGAUGCCUUCCACCGCUUCCUCAACGUCUCCAAUGCAAGUCGCAAGCGCUAUGGCAGCAACGUCCCAGGGCCAUUGGAGGCUAGGAGAAGAGCUUCGAAGAGGCGCAUAAUGGGCCUCGCCGCCGCCAGUCCAGGAAUUGGCCCUGGCAUUGGCGCGCUCUUUGGUCCGGACAAGUCGCUGCACCAAGCUUGGAGCUGGGAGCCGCCAAAAGGAACAGAGCAGCGGUUGAGCCGGGAGCAACCAACCCCUUCAGAUUUACCGCAAUGGCUGUCCAAUUACAAUGUUUCCACAGAGGAAAAGCAGCCUCGCAUUUUGGACCCUGUUCAAGAAUACCGACUCCGCCUCGCUCGCGUCCGCGAUGUAAAUGGCGUGGAAGCACUCUGGUCGGAUAUUGGAGUUGAGCCGGAACACAUGCAUCUGUUCAGCCAGAUGGCCAACACACAUUUCCUGGACAACCUUGGCACAAGAGGGAUGGGCUAUCCGGCACUAUUUGGAUUUCUACGGAACCCAAAGCUGAACGUCUCUGAGGCCAAGAACAUCAAAACGUUCAUCCAUGCAGUUAUCAAAAAAGGCAUGCCAAUCGGUUGCCUCGGCGAGCUCGUCAACAGGAUUCGAGAUUCACUCAAACUCGGAGCAAUGUUGCCUUCGGAGCUGGACGACAUCGUGGACAAUAUACCCAAGUUAUGCCGCAAAGUUUGUCGUCAGCCCGAUGUGACUAAUGACUGGGAAUUUGGAGCGUACUGGGCCAUAUGGCGGGGGUUGACAUCAUGCAAAAUCAUACCCCUGGAUCAUUUCGACACUUCUGUCGUCCGCAAAAUGGUUGAACGUUUGCUGGUGCUCGAAACACCUCCCGAGAUCCAGGAUAUCGCAAAGCUCCAGAAAUUGCGAUCUACCGGCCAUACAAAUGCCGCGCUCUUCCGCCUAGAGAUUUACCGACAUCUUUGGCCAACUGCAGACAGUGCGAAGCCAGACGAUUUCGCAGCACACUUCGCUUUUUGGGCCCGAUUACUGGCCAAGUCCAACAUAAGCGACUCUGCCUCCACUUCGGAUGGUUUGCAGUGGCUGGUCAUCAGAAGCGUGGUGGAUUCCAUGAGCAUAGAAAAAGCGCAAGAAGUCAUGGCAGAGACUACAGCACUACUUCUUCCCGCGAAAUCUUCGAUGGAUGAGGAGACGCAAAAAGCCCUUCAGCUUUGGUUCUCCUGCGUUUCCAAGACUUGCCACCUCCAGAACCCCACCACUAAACAGAUCGAAAUCUUUGCGCGAUGCCCUGAAGUUACUUCACGCAUGGAUCCAACUCUGGCCGUUCCGUACCUCAAGCGUUUCUAUCCUCACGAAAUCUGCCAAUUAUGGAUGCAUUAUUGGAUGCCGCAGUAUAUCGCUAAAGAUAAGUCCGUCAAGAAUUUCAAGCUUUCGAGACAACAACUGCAGCGUGGCUUCAAGAAGCGGAUGAAGCACCCCGACAAACCGCAGGAUCCGAGGAUUACCCAAUUCUUCGUUGCAAUUUUGACUCUCAAAGACGAAAAGCUGCCGUACAAAACGGCAUUGCCGAAAGUUAUGGAGCUCAUCUCAGCCUUGUAUGGCCCUGACAUGGCUCAUGACCUUUAUAAAAGAUUCUUAGUCUUUGAACAACUUCAGAUCCCAGAUCCACAUGUUGUCGCAGCCGUGAUGGAAGCAGCAUGUGAGAACUAUCCUCAACAAGCGCUAAAGUACUUUAAAGCCAACAACAACGUUUGGCUGAGCCUGUGCCCGCGACUACCUCUCGCACUCAUCGAGCACGGCAUUCUCCCGCGCGACGAGCUGUUUUGUCUCCUCGACCACAACGACCCGCUCGACCGCGUGCCACCCGAACACCGCGAGAACUUCAGGAACAGACUCUCAGCCCUCCGCAUCGACCUCGUCCACCUGAUCGCCCACGCCUACGCCACCCAGACGGCCUUUCCCCACCGCCACCGCUUCCGCAACGUCUACUUCUGCUACCUAUGGCUACGCGACCACGGCGCGUCGCUCGGCCCGCUCCUAUCCAAGGCCCUCGUCCGCACCGCCGUCACCGGCCCUCUCGAGAACCACGAAUGGGUGUCGACGAACAAGCUGCGCUGGGUGCUGGGCCUGGUGCGCCAGAUCGAGGGCGCCGAAGUCGCCGCCCAGCUCGAUCACCUCGUCUGGCGCUGGCGCGGCGACGUCAUCAUGCAGGCUCGCCGCCGCUGGGACCAGGCCGGCCUCUUCCGCCGCGUCGGCCCUUCGACCGUCACCAUGGCUCGCCGCGCCGGCCUGUUCGAUCACGACGCCCCGCGCUGGACCAGGUGGUACCGCAAGAUGACGAUGAAUGCGGGCUUCUUCGCGCCCAAGUGCGUGCGCAGGCCGAGGUUCCAGGGUGCUCAGAAGGGGGCGAAGAAGGUUUGGGGGAGGUUGGAUAGGAGGUGUGGUGGGAAGAAUGGGUGGAGGAGGCCGUAUAGUCCGUGGAAGUGGCAGCCGACGUACUGA